AUGGCUGGAUUAUACAAUGCAUACCAGACUCCAUCAGCCAUAUUUAUGGGAAUUGCUUUUCAUCAAGUCAUCUCUGCGCUAUUUUUUAUUGCUACACGACGUAGACCACUUCAUACUGCCAUCGACCUCAUAGCGCUGGUCUCAUUGAUAGUUUGUGCUGGCCAGAUUUAUGUGCACACAUUAUUGAUUGAUCAGUCCAUUUCACCGGAAACCACUGUUGAAAACUGGGUCGAGUGGUUGGCUGCAUCUGGAUAUUUGCUGACGUUUUUGACAAUAUUCCACAAAGGAACGCCUGUUUUUUGGAUUAUAACAGCUGGAAUAGUUGCCACGUUUUGCGUGUCAGCACUCACUGGUGCAUUUGGCAUAUUAUCGUAUCUUGAGCUCAUCAGAGGACAAGCUGUCAUUAUUUCAAAAAGUGCAUUACUUCAUUACUCUAGUCUGCUUUUUGCAAUCAAAUGCAUAUUUGAAGGUAUCAUAUCGGCAACUUCAUCACUCAUAUUUCUUUGGACAAUCAGUAAAGGCACUGGCGUGCACAGAUCCGAAUUCAUCAAGCAGUUGUUUUUAAAGUAUGAAGGGUUCCGUUUUGUCGUUAUUUUUGUCCUUAAUAUUACAAUGGCAGGGUUUGCUGUACAUUCAGCCUAUACGGGUGAGCCAUUUGUAGCCUAUACAGCCUGGUUCUUUUCUCCCAUGAUGUAUGGUUUAGAAAUCUACACGUUUUUACUGGUGAGUUUUGUUGCACCAUCAGAUAUACUAAGAGCAAGACACGAUUCGUCUAGUGAUGAUGGUUUGCAUGGAAUUGCUGCUGAACAUGCUGGUUGUUGUGCUAUUGAUAUUACACCCAAAGCCAAGGUUGAAAUGGCCAUUCGUAAUAUGAUAAUGGGUCAAGAUAAAUAA